AACAGAAUAACACAACAACAAAGACAACAUCUACAACAACAGCAAACAUCAGGGAUGGACCAAACCUUGUUCCUCCUCCUCGUUUUCUCAGGGCUGUCCAUCCUCCCCUCAUCCCUCCCUCAUCAGUUCCACUUUGUGAACUUGAUAAAGACCUGGACUGAAGCUCAGAGUUUCUGCAGACAGAACUACACUGACCUGGCCACCAUAGAUGAUGACAUGGCAGAUAUGCAGAAGCUCAAUAACACAUUACCAGCAGCUGGUUGGAUAGAAUCAGCCUGGAUAGGGCUGUAUAACAACAUCUGGAAGUGGUCUCUGGGAGACGGAGAGUUAGAGGGGGAGGGGUUUUGGGAUGAUCAUCAUCCAAAUAAUGAUCCCAACAACAAUGAGCUCUGUGUGUAUAUGAUGGUAAAUGCGACCUGGCGUGGUGACAACUGUAACAGUAAAUGGCACUUUGUCUGCUAUAAUAAAACACAAGUGACAAAUAAGUACAUUGUAAUCGCUGAAUCUAAGACUUGGAGUGAUGCUCAGAGCUACUGUCGGGAGAAACACACAGACCUGGCCAGUGUGAGGAACACAACAGAGAUGGAGGCAGUAAAGAGCAUCUUACCUACCACUGGUAUCUACAGAGUGUGGACUGGCCUGAAGAAAUCUCCUGGUGUCUCGAGGUGGUCUGACCAGAGUGGAUUCUCUUCCAAGAGCUUGGAAACAUUCAAGGCGAACAAGGCAAAUGGGAGCUAUCAGAACGAAGAGUUCUGUGGUGUUGUUACUUUCCCUUCUGGAAACUGGAAGUAUCAGGGAUGUACCACCAACUCUCAUUUUAUCUGCUAUGACGAUGAACUGGUCCUGGUCUCAGAGAACAAGACGUGGUCAGAAGCCCUGUGGCACUGCAGAGACCAGAACAUGGAGAUGGUGUCUGCCCACAACCAGAACAUCCAGCACUGGGUCCAACAGAAAGCCAAGAAGGCCUCCACUCCCUUCGUCUGGCUGGGCCUGAGGUACACCUGCACCCUGGACUUCUGGUUCUGGGUCAAUGGAGAAGAGUCCUGCUACCACAACUGGUCUGACGGGGAGGGCUACAACACCACGAAGGAGCAGUGUGGGAACACGGGGGCCAUACAGAGAGACGGGGGACAGUGGGUCGGCAAGUCUGAGACUGAGAGAUUCAACUUCAUCUGCAGCAACAGUACUGAUUACUAGGACCAGACCCUGCUCUGUAGACCAGCUGAACCCUACAGUCCAGAAUGUUCCAGAGCCUGUUCUGUAGACCAGCUGAACCCUACAGCCCAACACAUUGUUCCAGACCCUGCUCUCUGGACCAGUUGAACCCUACAGCCCAACACAUUGUUCCAGACCCUGCUCUGUAGACCAGCUGAACCCUACAGUCCAGAAUGUUCCAGAGCCUGUUCUGUAGACCAGCUGAACCCUACAGCCCAAUACAUUGUUCCAGACCCAGCUCUGUAGACCAGCUGAACCCUACAGCCCAACCCAUUGUUCCAGACCCUGCUCUGUAGACCAGCUGAACCCUACAGCCCAAUACAUUGUUCCAGACCCUGCUCUGUUAACCAGCUGAACCCUACAGCCCAAUACAUUGUUCCAGACCCUGCUCUGUAGACCAGCUGAACCCUACAGCCCAGAAUGUUCCAGACCCUGCUCUGUAGACCAGCUGAACCCUACAGCCCAACCCAUUGUUCCAGACCCUGCUCUGUAGACCAGCUGAACCCUACAGUCCAACACAUUGUUCCAGACCCUGCUCUGUAGACCAGCUGAACCCUACAGCCCAAUACAUUGUUCCAGACCCUGCUCUGUAGACCAGCUGAACCCUACAGCCCAACACAUUGUUCCAGAGCCUGUUCUGUAGACCAGCUGAACCCUACAGCCCAACACAUUGUUCCAGACCCUGCUCUGUAGACCAGCUGAACCCUACAGCCCAACACAUUGUUCCAGACCCUGCUCUGUAGACCAGCUGAACCCUACAGCCCAACACAUUGUUCCAGACCCUGCUCUGUAGACCAGCUGAACCCUACAGUCCAGAAUGUUCCAGAUAUACUCAGAUGUACAUCAUACAAGGUGACGGAUACUCAUUAUUUUAAAUAAAUAUUUGUAUUUGUUUAUAGUGAGCUCCAAAAGAAAAAAGUAAAAGUAUUGGGACAGUAACAAAUGUUUCGUUUCCAGUGAGCUAAAUAGAGCUCACUGGAAAUAAAACAUAGAGCUACAUAGAACUCACUGGAAAUA